GCGAAAAGUGGAACGGCGAGAAUUGUUUAACUGAAACUUCAACUAAACGCCAAAAACUAACUAAAUACAAAUGUUUUAGUGACUUUGACUAAUCAUUUUAGUUUAUCAUUAUCCAUCUUGAAGGUUACAUGUCUCCGGACCACCUGCCCAGCAUAAUCAUCUAAAGAGCUCAUUGGCCCAGCACAUAAUCAUAAGCUACAGGUGGAGGACUUCCCACACAAAAACCAACGAUAAGAGUUUGUUAAAUACAUAAAUAUUAAUUAAUUCCGAAAAGAUGGCCACGGAAGAGCACCAGAGAUUGGCCAAUAUAGUCAAGAGUUGUCAUGAAAAUCUGCGUCACUUAACCAAGACACUUGGAGCUGAAGCAGCAUGGCAGGAACACACCAGUCCCAAGAAUGCGAAAAAACUAAACGAAUAUGCUCAGGCCAUGCGCGAGUUGUCUCAAGUGUGGGAGACCAAUGAGAACAAUCUUGAACUACAGGCCAGAAGUCGUAUCAAAUGGACACUGGACUAUAUAACAAAAUAUUUCUACACUGAAGGCAUUUACAUGCAAAAGAGACAGCGGGAGCAGAGGUUACUUGAUUCCUAUGAGAAGGAACUUGAAGUGAAGGAUACCUGGAGCUGUUCGUAUCGGGAGGAACCACCAGAUAGAUUACGUGUUUUAGAUGUUGGCAGCUGUUUUAAUCCCUUCCGAAAUAGUGCACAUUUUGAAGUGACAGCUUUGGAUCUGUGUCCAGCCACAGAGGAUGUUUUACAGGCUGAUUUUCUUAAAGUAGAGGUGGACAAAGAAUUAAAGGAAAUGGUCAUACAGGAUCAUAAUGAACAGGGCAAAGGAAAAUCUGUAAAGAAACUCCCUGCUGGCUAUUAUGAUUGUGUGAUCUUCAGUUUGCUUUUGGAGUAUAUGCCCAGCGCAGAGCAGCGUCUAUCAUGUUGCCAAAAAGCCUAUGAUUUGCUUCGACCCGAGGGAAUCUUGGUAAUUAUCACACCGGAUUCUCAGCAUGUCGGUAAGAAUGCCAAUUUAAUGAAAAACUGGCGUUAUUCGCUGGCCAAAUUGGGUCUUUUGCGUGUACGAUUCGAGAAAUUGCCCCACAUUACUUGCAUGGUCUAUAGAAAGGCCAUUAGCCUGUCAUUGGCCCAACAUUGGGCCAGCAUACAUCGCGAGGAGGGCUGGUGUGAGGCCAUAAAGAUACCCCAGGAUGAGAACUAGCGCAAUAAAUCGAACAAAAUCAAUUGUAAAUCUACUUAUUUAUAUUUAUGGGGUGCAUUUGAUGAGUUUUCUCUCCUUUAUCUAUACGUCAUAAAUACUUAAUACCAUAAAAAUUAAUGCUACUGGACUGAGGGAGGAGCAGGAGGAGGAGUUGAAGAGGCGACAUCUAUGCCAUCCAUUUGAGGAAAAAGACCAGCUGCUGCUGCUUGACGUUUCUUCAUCGCCGUCGUGGCCCCCUGUGAGAUUUUCAUAAUAUUUGGCGGCAAUGGCUUCUUGCGAUCGGCUUCCCAUUCAGCGCGAUGCAAACGCUGGCGAUGCUUGUACAUGUUGGCAUUUGAAAAGAAUGUCAUUGGGCAAUUCGGACAGGUGUAUAGCACUUCACCGGUGUGCGUUGAUGUGUGUUCCUGUCACAUACACAAAAGAAAGUGAACAACUUUGAUCAAGGAAAAACUAUUGAAGACUUACCCUCAAAUCCUGUGGUCGCUUAAAAGCCUUUUCGCACAUGCCGCACUUGAACUUCCUUUCACACAAAUGAUUGUGAUAGAUGUGACGCUUGAGGGCACGGGAAUUGGUGGAUGUCUUAUUGCAUAUAUGACAGCGAUGCUCUCCACCGGGUGGCUCGUGCACCGUAUUCAUAUGCUGCUUCAGCCCUGAGAGAUGUCGUAGCCAUGUCCCACAAAUUUCACAUUGCACUGGAUCCGGUUUGGGACGCGGCUCAUCGGAAUGUUCGAGCUCGUGAUGCUUCUUGAGAUUCGUUUGUGAGCGUAGAGUUUUUCCACACUUAUCGCAUAUAAUGGCGGUUUCAGGAUCGUGCAUAUAACGCAAAUGUUCCUUCAGUUUACGUUCCGUGGGAAUUCUAGAAAAAAAUAUUUAUAAAUAUAUAUUCAUAAUCAACUGAA